AUGGAUCUUUCGGAAUAUGAAAUGAUGAUCGAAAAAAGUUUAGAUAACCGCAAAGUUCCCAAUGGUAAAAGAAAGUCCCCCACUGGUUAUAUCUUUUAUAAAAAUAAAAAUCGUCUUAAUCCACGUGCAGCCAAGAUGGCCUAUGCGAAAGAAAAUGAUGAUGUCAAAGUUGCUUGUGGAAUUCUUGCGCACAUUAUGCAUCAUAUUAUUAAGACAGGUUAUUAUGAUCGUGAAAUGUUUCGCUCUCCGCCGAUCAUUAUUAAUGAGUCGCGUGAUUUUGGAUCAUCGGAUGAUAAUGUUUCCGUUAGUAAAGACUGUGGUAAUGACAAGCAACAAUCAAAUCUAUCUACUAUACAUGAUUUAUCUCGCGAAUCACGUGACAGCAACAACGCACCAUAUGAUGUAGUUAACAACAUCGCUGAAGGGCAACAAUAUCAUCAACCUUCAAUAUUUAAUAAUCAAGUUCUCGAUUGUGAUAAUUUCGAGCAACAAUCUCAUGGUUUAUGUUGGGAUGGUCUUCUCGAACCAAAUCUUAAUGAUACGUUAGUGAGUCCGUAUUUAUUUAGAAUCAAUUAUGAUAUUGUUAUCAAUGGUGCAUUAAGUAUGGAUGUACCCCAAUCUGAUCUCACUAUCGACGGGCAACGAAACUUUGGACCUGAGUUUAACGUUAAUUCAAGUGUUCCAAAUGCACCAAUUAUGCAGCAACCACCCUCGACUGUGUCUAAUACUGAAAAUGAGACUGGACUUGGAUCUUUUCAUACGAAUUACCUUUUAUAUGGUAAUUCGAAAUUGUAUCCAAAUUAA